UAACAAAUUAACAAUCCCCAAUGAAAUUCCCGGCACUCUUCCUCCCUUUUGAAGUAUCCCGAGCAACCUCUUCUUGAUUUAUUUCGCAGCUCUCUCUCUCUCUCUCUCUCUCUCUCUCUCUCUCUCUCUCCUUGCUGCUGGAGUAUUCCACGCGACCUUCGUUGCUGUAAUGGUUUAAGCUGUCCCAUCUCUCUGGCUUUCUCUUUCUCUGUAAAAAUAUAUGAUACUCAAUGCUCUGACAUCAGCAGAUUCCAAUUCCCCCCUCACCUUCCAUCAGUAGGAUUCCUCCAUCUUCAGUGGUUCAUUGAAAUUCAAAGAGAGCCCCGCCUUUAUUCUCAUGAAAAAGGAAGAAUCUGCUCCUCCCUACAAAUACCCAUCACUGCCAUUGAGCUCCUCAUGCAAGCAGUCACCCUUAACUGGUAGUCAUCCCCUCAUCGUCCCUUCUCAGGCGGCCUCAGCUUUGAUGGCUUCCCGUUCAAGCAGCUCCUCAUGGAACGCGAGGCAGAACAAGAACUUCGAGCAGGCCCUCGCAAAGUAUGACCAGGACACGCCGGACCGCUGGAAGAACAUCGCCACCAUGGUGGGAGACAAGACGGAGGAGGAGGUGAAGAGGCACUACCAAGUCUUGAUGGACGACCUGAGAUCCAUCGAGUCCGGCCAUGUGCCGUUUCCCAACUACACCGACCGCAGAUCCGCUUUAUCAGAAGAGGAUCAGAGGCUGCUGAUGUAUUUGAAGCUCCAGCGUCAAUGAACAGUUGACGUUGUGAUCGCACAUGGUGGUAUGAUGAAUAUGUGUCCGUGACCAUAUUAGCAUUAAUAUAAUACAUGGUCUAGGAGAUGAGUGUCCCUAUCUCUCUCCCUAUAUAUAUAUAAUAUCUAUAUAUGAUGUGUAUGCCCUCUGUUUCUGGUCUUAAUCUUGCUAGCUGCGAGGUUAAAUGCAGAUGACAUAAUUAUAAUAGUCGCAGGAUUGUCUAUGAUAGUAGACGAAUCCUUUUAUAUAUGAAUGAAAUCUAUC